ACCCAACAUGUGCCUGGUACGUCUGUCUAGAGACUUGUAUAGCUAGUCGAAACAUGGUAAAAUCUCAAUAUUUUAGGGCCUUCGUUGCCACUAGAUAUUUGUUUCUAUAACAUGAACAACUGAUGGCAUCUUACUAGCGUGUGCUUUUCCUGGCUCCAUUUUGUCCUUUUCCAUAAACGACAAAGACAUCCAGAAACAAACCUCUCAAGUUCAUAAUAAAAUGGAUUGUGUCUUUACGUGCCUUGAGGUUCCUUGGUGUCUAUCGAUGAACUUUCAAACCACAGCCCAGAAUAAUGGACUUCACGUAUGUGAGCUGUUAUCAACCGAUAAAUAUACUCACCCGCAGAACAUGGUACAAAACAACGCAUUUACUCAUUUCAGCAUGAAGAGUCCUUGUGAACCACAACCUUGCCUUAAUGGAGGCACCUGUAUCCUUCAGAACAACAAACAGGAAUAUCGCUGUCAAUGUACGAAAAGCACUCUUGGUAAAAACUGUGAAACUGGUAAUCCUGGAUAUUGUGACUUUGAAACCGAUAUGUGCAUGUGGACAACCGACCCACUAAACGCCUACAAGUGGAACCGUAAGAAAGGAUCCACAACCAGCGUAGAUACUGGUCCUGAUGGUGAUACGACAAAAGAUUUGAGCAAAGCAGGUUUUUACGUCUACGCUGAGGCUACGGGUCCAGCGGCAAAUGCGUCAACAGAGCUUCGAAGUCCGGCAUUUACCGUUAAUUCUGGAUGUCUUCAGUUUGCAUACCACAUGUAUGGAUCAACCAUGGGGUCUUUGAAAGUCUAUGUAAUAGAUAACCACACAGGAACAAAGAAUAUGAUUUUUACGAAGAGCGGUAACCAGGGACAGAAGUGGUAUAGAGCAAGUGCAACUGUUACAAGCCCUAAUGAUUAUAAGGUUGUGUUCGAAGUCAUCAGGGGAAGCGGCUUUUACAGUGACGUAGCCUUGGAUGAUAUAUUCCUUGAAGAUGGCGAGUGCACUGCUUAAGGCCCACCACUUUACGCCCCCACCCCACGUGCACUUACUCGCAUGAGGUGAUUAUCAUUAUUAGAUAUCUAUGUACAGGGGUGUGUAUACAUGAUAUACCCUACUACACGUGACCUUACUCACACUACGUG